ACAUCAUAGUAUAAAAGACCAGCUAUAAAAAAUACGCACAUUUACCAUGGCCAAUUUUCUAAGCAUAGUGUUUUUGCUAGGUUGCAUAAUACUGCAACAAAGUCAAUUAGCUGCUUCUAUUCAGUGCUACGAGUGUUCAGGUCCCUUGACCACUAAAUCUGACUGUGUAAAGUUAAAACACAUUCCUCCUUCAGAUUGUGAAGAUGGAGAAAUUUGCGCUGCCUACGUUUUAAAAAAACCUGACGUAGAAGUUCUGUAUAGAUCAUGCGCUGCGGAUAAUUUGUGUGCCACUUUGGUAGAACAGUAUGAAAAUAAUUCAGCAGUUACAGUAGGUUCAUGUGCUGUUUGUAUUACAGAUGAGUGCAAUUCAGCGUCUAUAAAAGUUGCUAUUUUGGCUUUAAGUUUAAUGAGUUUUGUAAUGUGUCUGUUGUUGUAAACAUGUAUGUACACUUAACAUUAAUCAGUUACAAAAAAAAAACUAAUAAAUUUUAAAAAAUAAAGACAUGUUUGUGA